AACUUGAUUGCCAUUAUAAUGUGUACAAGUAAGUAUUUAACUGAUUAUGGUUGUUGUUUUUAUGUACAGAGUUGGAACGAAACUCUGCCUACAAGGCAAAGUACGGGGAAUACAUACGUAGACAGAACUAAACUGUGUUUUACUCUUUAAAACAUGUACAUGUUUAAUUUACUAUCAUAAAAGCAUGUAUAUAAAAAUAACAAUGAAUAAUAAAAAUGAUUUGAAAUUACAAAAACUGGAUUUUGACAUAUUGUCUUGAAAAAUGACCCACAACUAUUAGUAAAUAAUCAAAAUAGUUGCUUUUCAAGAGAGUAGGUAAUCUAACAGUUCAUUGAGGAGGUCUCCCCAAUGAGUUGACCUAAGAAGACAAAAGUGUCAUGCUGGAGGAGGAUUUUCCACAACCUGGCAACCUAAAAUGAACAUAAUGAGCCAAAUAACUGAUCUAUAAAGAAUGAGUUAGUUACUUUUAGCCUUUGAUUACAGCUCAUAAACCUCUUAUAUAUGGUGCCAUAAAAUGUAAUGUACAGUAUACCCAAUGAAUACAAUAUAUAGGAUAGGCUAUACGACCAAAACAAAUUUGUUAAUACAAGAUAGCUGCAGCAGUAAGGUGCUUUACACUGAGAUAAAAGCACAUUCUGCAGAAAAUGAAAAGGUAAACCACAGACGACACAGAGGAGGCAGGUCAUUGAAUCAUUGUUCAGCGUGUUGCCCAUUCGGCCUUCAUUUCCACAAUGGCUGCUCUCCGCUGAUUCAUCCAAAGCUGUAGAUCUGAUGAGUGCGGUCCAUUUCUGGGUCAGUGAACAAAAUGCCACGCCAUACUGCUGCACUGAAUAGGGAACUGAGAGGAGAGGCCAUAGCUUUCAGACCCUCACCCAAAAACACACGCACACUAACUACACACACACAUUACACUGUCAACCCAACACUCAAGUGCUGACACACACAGUACAUCCCAACAAAACAGCAGCAGUUCUCAAAGAGCAUCGUGAAUAGAAGCUGCCUCUGGUCCUGAUUGUUCUCUUCAGAGGAUUUGGAGCUUCACAGAAAUAGUCACACACCAGAGAAGAUGAGGUCGCCCUAUUUCCCAGCAAGGUCGGUGCUUUUCCAUAAGGAGCCGAAUGGAGUGACGUACAGAGUCCCGGCACUGCUCUACCUGUCCCACUCCAGGUCCUUCCUGGCCUUCUGCGAGGAGAGACUCAGCCCGUCUGACUCUCAGGCUCACCUGCUGGUCAUGAGGAAAGGCACUUUCUACAGAAACUAUGUAGAGUGGGAGGACAUGCGUGUCCUUGGCACUGCCUUCCUGAUGGGCCACCGGUCCAUGAACCCGUGUCCGGUUUACGAUGAGUUCACAGGCACUCUCUUCUUGUUCUUCAUCGCUGUUCUGGGCCACACCUCAGAGUCCUAUCAGCUGGUGACCGGCAAGAACGUGACCCGACUCUGCUACAUCUGCAGCACCGACGACGGAGACACCUGGACUGCUGUCACUGACCUCACCAAGAGAGUCAUAGGGGACACUAUCAAAGAAUGGGCUACCUUCGCUCUCGGCCCGGGCCACGGUAUCCAGCUGAAGUCAGGCCGCCUGCUCAUUCCCGCCUACGCCUACCACAUCGAGUGCAAGGAGUGCUUCGGCCAUCUCUGCCAGACCGCUCCUCACGCCUUCUGCUUUCACAGCGACACCCACGGGAGAACCUGGCGUUUCGGGGAGGCGGUGCCGGGCCCGGAGAGCGUGGAGUGUCAGAUGGUGUCCGUGGAUGAGGAGGACGGGACUAACGUGUUGUACUGUAACGCCCGCAGCCCUCUGGGCUACAGGGUGCAGGCCCUCAGUCUGGACGAUGGAGCUGUGUUUCAGGAGGGACAGCUGGUGCAGCGGCUGGUGGAGCCGCGAAACGGUUGUCAUGGUAGCACUGUUGGAUUUCCGGCCCCGCUGCAUCUACGUCAAAGUCUUAACAAUCACUCACACCAACCUAAACGCCGCUCCAGACACUGGACGUCCUGCAGCACCCACUCAAAUCGCUCCACCUCUCCCUCUCCCACCGGCCCUUUGUCACCCAAUCACAGAGCCCCUCCUGAUUUCCUCACCCCCACCUGGGUGGUAUACUCCCACCCGACAUGGACCACCGCGCGCAAGGACCUGGGCGUGUUCCUCAGCCUAUUUCCCCGUGACCCGGACAGCUGGCGCGGGCCCUGGGUGAUCUACGAGGGCCCCAGCGCCUACUCUGACCUGGCCUACCUGGAGCUGCCUCCCUCGCCCGGAGCACCACCCGCCGUGGCCUUCGCCUGCCUGUUCGAGUGCGGCACCAAAACGGCCUACGAUGAAAUCUGCUUUAGCAUCUUCACUCUCUACGAGCUUAUCGAUAAUCUGCCUCGGGAUAUGCAGCUGGGUGAUGAAUAUAAAAGACAGGAGAAUCAAGUCUCCGGGACAGGGCGGAGCUGUAGACAUGAUGCUCAGGGGACACCAGUUUUCCAACAGGUGCCUCAUGUGAAGAAGAGGAGGAAGAAGAGCAAGUUGACUGAGCUGUGCUCUGUGUCUUAAAAGCUUGUAAAACAGAAAGUUUCUUCCAAUAACUGCUUUCUAUAUACAGUGAAUUCACCAUACAUUACAGAAUAUUACACACACUAUUUACAAGAGUGAUUGUUGUUAUGAGUAAUGUAGUUUUUAUAGUGUUACUCAGUUGUUGGUCAUUUGUCAGUUGUGUUUUUGUAGAAGUGUCAUUAAAGUCUUCCUAACCCUU